GAUACAUCUACACAUCUACGUUUAGACACCUACAAGAAGCUAGCUGGCUGCUAAAAUAGAAAUUACAUUGUUUUUUAUUGAAAAAAGCAAAGAAAACAUAAAAUUAAAAUAGAAAACACGUCGAUUUGAGCUACAUAUUCCUCGGCAAGAUAGGAAAAUUUGCCAUAGCUGAUCUAAGUUUCCACAUAAGAUGCCUGUGAAAAAUGGUGGCGAAUCCGAUGGUGGUGCCGGUUCCAACUCGGAAUCCGAGCAUUCCAACUCCAGCCAAGGCCAUGAGUCCAGCGAUGAGGAGGCAAAUGAAAUUGAUUCGGACGAUUCAUCCGAAAUGGAUGUGAAUGAGAUCGAAAGGCGACGUUCAGAAUGUUUAGAAAUCCUAGACCAUUUAGAAAAACAAUUUAGCCAGCUCCGGGAACAAUAUUACACCGAACGUAUUAAUCAAAUUGAAAGGCAAUCGGCCGAAGUGCGCAAUGGAAGAUCCGAGGAAUAUUUGCAACCCUUAAAGGAGCUAGACAAAGUUUAUAAAAAUCGCAUUGAGGUGGCAGAAAUUUUAAAACGAUAUCGUUUGGAAAACAUAGAGCAUAAGUUCUUGAGCGAGGAACAAGCAGCGUUACAAAACUUUGAGAGUGAAAAACAAUUGGCUUUAGAUCAAAUUUAUGAUGACCUCAUGGAGAAAAUAAGACGCCUGGAGGAGGACCGACAUAAUGUAGAUAUCUCCUGGGACGAUUGGGGCAAUGACAAACGUCAUAGCAAAGUGCGGGGGCCGGCCCGCAAAAAGGCUGUCACUGUCAAUGGACCUUUCAUUGUGUAUAUGCUGCACGAAGAAGAUAUUUUAGAAGACUGGACUACUAUACGCAAAGCCCUUAAACGUUCAACCACAAUGGUGGGCCCUGUUGCAACAUGACCCUAAACCAUUCACUUAUCCAUCCCUAUCUUUUAAUGAACUAGUACUCAUUCUCUGCUUCCUAACUGCUAUUCUUUCAUAAGGUAUUCAUUUGGUUUCUAGUUUUAGUUCUUAAGUUUUGAAAUAAAAAAAUUCUACUAAGUGUGGAAAUUUUAACAAAUUAACAAAA